AUGUCAAGCCUGGCGUCUCUGCCGCCAGAGAUCAUUCACCGCGUACUUUAUUUCACGGACCUGUCCUCGCUUUGCGAACUUUCCCUCACCAAUCGCUACAUCGGCGCAAUCAGUCAAAAAGAGCUGCUCAAGGUGGUGACCGUGUACCCCCGGAAAGAGAGUCGAGAAAGAUUCCAGGCGAUUCUCGAGGACGAGACCCGGGCACGACUGGUGGACAGGCUGUAUCUGGAUGUCAGCGCUUGGGCCGGUUAUUAUACGCAAGAAAGAUAUAUCAAUCAAAGCAUUCGCGACAAGCAGAUUCUCCAGUUACGCAGAUUCAUGAAGCUCGUCCCGCGCCUGAAGGAGCUCCCCCGUCUACGAAGCAUCGUGCUUCGCUUUCAUCAGGGCUGUUAUGUCGAAGAUACCUGGAAUGACGCCCAUCAGAAUGCUGCGUUCCGCUCCUGCGUGAUGAGUGAAUUUAUCUUGGCGUUGGCGUCCCUUGACGAGCCUGUCAAGGAGCUCGCCCUGUGCAACCUCCAGAACAUCAACCCGACGGGCCCGGAGGUGGUCCGGAAUCUCACCAAGAUUUUAGGCAGUCUGCACGCACUGCGGCUGAAUAUCACGAAUGAACAUGACGAAGGAAACGGGGAAAACGAUCUUGAGCAAAACGAACCGCACAAAUUCUUUCCCGAGCUUCCCUCCUUCUGGCUGGCCCCGGCGGCCGCGACCCUCGAACACCUCACCAUCUAUUCCAGCAACUACUUCGGCUUCUACCCCAAGCUGGAGCUGCGUGAGGUCCACCUCCCGCGCCUGAAGACGCUCGCCCUGGGUAAAUACGCAUUCGUUCACGACUCCCAACUCGAGUGGAUCCUCUCGCACAGCAGAACCCUGACCGAGCUCUACCUCGACGACACCCCUAUCCUCUUCGAGGUCUCCGUCUACAACAACGACCGGGCCUGCCUGGAACCCGGCCGAUAUACCCACAAAGCUGGGCUGGGCAAUAAACACUUCGCGACAUACGACAAGCGCUGGCACCACUACUUCCGGGCCUUUCAGGUGAGGCUUCCCCACCUGCGUCAUUUCAGCUACGGGCGCUCGGAGCCGUGGUGGGCGGAGGACAUGACGCCCUUUGAGCGCGAGACGGAGAUCACGGUUGGGAUGCAUGACGAAAGUUACAUGGUCUUCUGCGACGGAUUCGGGCCGACACCGUAUAUGAAUACCACGAUCUAUGACACCGACGACGAGGAGCCGUCCUAUGAGGGUGAUGGCGUGGAUUGCAUGGAGGAGGAUCAGCAGGCGUUGGAGGAGCUGCUGGAGAAAAUUGGGCAGCGGCUCGAGGUGCUGGAUUAA